AUGUGUGAGCAGCGUGGCACGAUUGACUUUGUGUACGCGCAUCCACGGCCGAGCUCUUUCUCUGGUCGGGAUAUGCACAAUUCAUGGACGUCAUAUAUCUUCGAGCGCACUCGGCAGCUCACCGCGAAGCGGGCAUAUCACCCCAGUGGAAAAUGCAAGGGCAACGGGAGGCAAGCCGUUGUUGCGGUGUCGAGCUCAGCGUCACCUGCUGACAGGAGCGUGCGCACUAUUUGGCAAAAUGAUGAGGGAUACGCACGUGUGGUUGUUGUGGGACUAAGGAGUUUGGGUUCGUUCAUGUAUUUGCCGCGCUGUGAAGAUGCUUCUCUUGGCGUUGCGACCCCGCUGUGCUUUGCCCAGCAAGGGCGUGGUGUUGCAGCGCUGGAAGGCGUUCGUGCGACGGCGCGCGCCAUCACAGGCGACCUCAUUAAAGUUGGGACGCAGCAUAGCCGCAGCGAGAAAGGCGGACGUUUGCUUUCGUUCAUGUAUUUGCCCCGCGUUGGAGAUACCUCUCCUGACGCUGCGAUGCCGCGGUGCUUUGCCCAGCAAGUACGGGAUUAG